CGAGCAUUUGCCAGACGAUGGUGCAGAAGCUUGCUCGCGUUUGCUUUCUGAUGGAGGUGCGCCACAAACACGAGCAAGUGCGCUCAGCCUGCAGGCCUUCUUCUGCCCGAAAGGAUGGUACCACCUUUUCUUCUGCCGCAGUAAUUGACGCAUCAUCAGGAAACAAAGCUGCAUUGCCUCAGGACACUUAGUCAGGUUCAUUAGGCUAUACAAUAGCGCUGGGGGCUUUGGAUAAAGGGGCAAAGUGAUGGCAGGUGCCGUAGGGACGCCCAUGGCUAGCUGCUCCUUUGAGAAAAUGAAACUGUCUUCAAAGGCGCGGGACACUGGAGCCUCCAUAGGGGAUAGUCCUCAGUACACAGCCCACUUUUUGCGGCGCAAUCGUUCAGGUGCUUACUGUUCGUUGGGGUCCGCAAGUGGGCGGGCUUUAUCGUCGAGUUCCAGAUUGAGAACAGCCUUAACGAGACCAUCUCUGCAUAGCCCACGCCUCCUCGAAUGCUCUGCAUUGCGCUCCCCUUGGCUUCCUGCCCCUGCAUUCUCACCAUUCUUCAACACAUCCCCACCUUCUGAAACCAGAAUUCCGAAACGUUUAAACGUCACAGCUCGUUGGGGCCGACGGCGGGCCCCCGAAACCGACUCUAACAGCGACCAGUUUCCAGGGCCGCCAGACGCGAGAAACUUGGGCAAGCUGUCCAAAGUGCUUCCAUUCUCAGUGUACGAGCUACAAUGGCUGGAGUUUGUGAGGGACCUGAAGGAGGGGGACUAUGGCGCGGACGUCGAGGCGCUCCAGCGCGCAAUGCACACGUUCGGGCAUAUGCCGAAAGACAGCCAAAUCACAGGGUACUUUGGAAAGGCAACAUUUGUGGCGGUCCGCGAAUGGCAGCGCGCUCAGGGCCUCCCCGGAACCGGUUACUGGGGCCCAAUGUCGCAAGAAACGUUUGCUGACGUCGUCCAGCGCCACGCGGCAGCUCAAGAAGCACUUGUGACGCGGGCGCCCCCAACCCACGGGUUAGUGAGACGGGUCGGCCAAACCGUCACGGCUGUGGUUCCGGUUAAGCUGCCGCAGUCGCCUGUAGGGAGGGCGGGGGUUGUGCUGGGGCUAGCGCUGGUUUUGGCGGGGGCUGUGGCCACCGUUCUGCGGUUAAGAGCCGGGUUAAGGGAGGCAGACGAGGGUUUGGAGGAGAAGUUAGAGGGGGCCUAUGUGGGCGCGAGCCAAGGGUUUGAAAGAAACGGAUUAAGCUACCAAGGCCGGUGGGGCAGGCCGGAGGCGGAAGCGGGUUACUUCGUUAACCGGGGCGUUGACCUGGUGAAGGGUGCGGAGAGCGAAGCGAACGGUCAAGAAGAGAGGCGAGCGGACGGUGGGGAAUCGUCGGGGGGGCUUUUAGAGAAAGUGGGCCGCUCGCUUUAUGCAAGCUUUGCUCGCUUUGAGCGCUUGUGGAGCGAGGGGUGGGAAGACGAACGGCCAGAGUCAAGCGAACUGGAAGAUCAACGGCUAGGAAGUGAAGCUGCCUCCGUGAGCGGGCGCUUAGAGUCGGAUGGGAGAGCAGGAGAACCGAACCGUUACAACAGCGUCCUGGAGACUCGGCGAAAGGACGAAGAGGUGUCGUACGAAGAAGAGAUAGCCCAGCUGCAGGCGAGUAUUGAGGCGCUGGUGAAGGAGCUUUCGGCGGUGGAGGUGCAGCGCCAGGCGGCGCUCAAAGCGCUCGAAGAGGAGCGGCAACGGAACGCACACCUGGAGGUGCGCCUCGAGCACAAGGACCAAGUCAUAGCCGCUCUCCAAGCGGAAAUCAAGACCCUCAAAGGCUCCCAAAGAACGCAGCUGACCGCUUCCCACCGAGACUAGUAUCAUUUCUAGGAUUGAUGACGAUCCACACGUUCAUGUACUAUAAGUACUGCAAGCGCACACGGCACGCUGUUGAAGAUGAGGGUCAAUACAUCCAUGUUGGUGUACCCCAAAAAGUGGAGUCAAGAGAGGGCUGCCAAAGAAUCGAAGGGCUAAGCCCAGACAGAAGAUGAAAAAGGUUUUACCUGUAGUAGAAAGAAUCUUUGAUUUGAUGAAUGCACCCUGCUCGGCUAGAGGAUGAUACUGAGCCUCCAGUUUCCUUGACAUUCUCUUCCCGCUAGGUCGCAGUGACAGAUCCAGAUGCGGAUAUGCGUCUACUAGAUUAGAGAGCUCUCGGAUUGAUUCGUGUAUGGUACCAAAAGCAAGCUUUGAGCACGGCCACACCAAUCCACAGAGUCGGUGAUACGUGUCCAACAUUUUGCAGGAUUUGGACUGUUAAGAGCUUGACUAAUCAUACUUUGAUCUUAAGUCGAUGAUGUCAGUAUAGGUG